AGCUCGGGCUCUCGCCCGGGGUCGCACGGUUCGGGCCCCGACGCCACCGUCCGGAAUGAAGGCUUGGGCUCCGGCCGCCGCCUCCUCGAGCCAGUGCCAUGGAAUGCCUUCGGAGCCUAACUCGCCUGGGGCCCCGCCUCGUGAGGCUGCCCCGCCGGGCCCUGUGCGCUUUGGCCUUGGGCCUGACCCCUGCGACUCACCCCGCUGUCGCCUGCAGCCGCGCAGCCCACGUCCUGGGAGGGCGCCGGGCCGCGCCGCCGAACCGCCCCCGCCGGCUCCGCCUGCCAGGUGAAGUGCACCGCUUUAGAACAUCUGAUGCCUCCCAAGCCACGUUAGCCAGCGUAGCCCCUGUGUUUGCUGUGUAUCUGAAAGCUGUGAUCACUCCAGAGUGCCUUCUUAUAUUAGAUUACCGUAAUUUAAACUUGGAGCAAUGGCUAUUCCGGGAACUUCCUUCACAGUUGGCUGAAGAAGGUCAGCUUGUCACGUACCCCUUACCUUUUGAGUUUAGAGCUAUAGAAGCACUCCUGCAAUAUUGGAUCAACACUCUUCAGGGGAAACUUAACAUUUUGCACCCAGUGAUCCAUGAGACAUUGGAAGCUUUAGUGGAUCCCAAACAUUCUUCUGUCGACAGAAGCAAACUGCACAUCUUACUACAAAAUGGCAAAAGCUUAUCCGAGUUGGAAACAGACAUUAAAAUCUUCAAAGAGUCCAUGUUGGAGAUCCUGGAUGAGGAGGAGCUGCUGGAGGAGCUGUGUCUGACAAAGUGGAGUGACCCACAAGUCUUUGAAAAGAGCAGUACCGGAAUCGACCACGCAGAAGAGAUGGAGCUGUUGUUGGAGAACUACUAUAGAUUAGCGGAAGAUCUUUCCAAUUCCGCUCGGGAGCUUAGGGUUCUGAUUGAUGAUUCGCAGAGUAUUAUUUUCAUCAAUCUGGACAGCCACCGUAAUGUGAUGAUGAGGUUGAACUUACAGUUGACCAUGGGAACCUUCUCUCUUUCACUCUUUGGACUAAUGGGAGUUGCUUUUGGAAUGAAUUUGGAAUCUUCUCUUGAAGAGGACCACCGAGUGUUCUGGCUGAUCACAGGGAUCAUGUUCAUGGGCAGCGGCCUGAUCUGGAGGCGGUUGCUCUCGUUCCUGGGACGCCAGCUUGAAGUGCCGUUGCCCGCAAUGAUGACCUCUUUACCUAAAAAGACGCUUCGCGCCGAUAGAAGGAUGGAAGUGAAAGCCAGUCUCCGGCCGGACGGACUCGGAUCAAGCGGGAACCUCCUGACAAACCGUUAGGAACACACGAGAGAGAAUGAAAAAAAAAAAAUUUUUUUUUUUAUGAGCAUCACAAGAAACUUCUGACACUUUAAUUUUUAUUUUAAAAAUUGAAAAAAUAUACCACUGAUAUUAGAAUGAUCUUUAUUGUCUGAAAGCCAAAAAAAAAACCCAGAAAACUUAAUGGCAUCCUCAGAAAUCUAAAAAGCAAACUGCUUGCUUUAUAAAAGACCAAGAUCCAAUUGCCUCUAAGUUUAGGCCAUUUUUGUAGGCAUUACAUGUGGCCGAAUGAGGUUAACACACAAAAACAGAUUUUUAUAUAUUUUACUUAAUUUAUUCAUAUGGGAAAAAAAAAGGAGUAAUCUCAUGCCAAGCAAAAAAGCCUAUAAACUUGACAAGCCCACAGUUCUAAGAGCCGAUAAACUCUUGGUGUAGAGAAUCGUGAACAUCCUUACUCUCGGGUGGCAGCAAGCUAACAGAAUAUGAAUUAACCUUAAACACUGGAGUGUGUGCUUUAAGUUAAUCUUGACAUAACCAUAAUGUCUUGUAUGUGCCCGUCUUUAUGUAAGGUGGAUAAAAGGGAAAUCAUUUUAUUCUGGUAUUACUUGGAUUCCAAUUAAUCCAGAUUCUUUGCUUGGCUAUAAUGACAGCCUUUGACAAUAAAGGCAAAACGGGUGUUUCCAUUUGG